AUGCCGAUGAUGGUGCCAGCCCGCGGUGUGCAUCAGGGAAUGCCUUUUUUAGCUGGUCACAAGGCGUCGGCAUUGCCCGCCGCGUCGUCGGAGCCCCGCGCAUCAUCACGAGCUGAAGGAUUCUCGAGACUCAAGCAGUCGAUGGCUACUUCCAUGGCUGUGGUCUACCUGGCAACAUCUCUCCGUCCGGGGAAAAGUGCCCGAGUUUUCCAGAGGAGUCAAAGGCAGAACUUUGCCAGCACGCCCGAUGAGACCUACGAGACUUUCGUCGAGAAGGCGAAGCACCUCGUGGAGAUGUCACGCUCGCAGACGCUGUACGCCUCAAUCUUGGGUUCGGCUUUUGUGAGCGUGGCCAGCGCCAGUGCCCUCAGCUUCUCCGAGACAGUGGGGCCCAACCUCAUGCUCGACAAGUUGGUCUUUGCUGUGGUCCUUCCCGUUCACCUUCUGCUUUGCCAGCUAUGUGGCGGGCAGCUCACCACUAGCAACCUUUCCAUGCUGUGCAUCGGCGUCUCGCAGGGCAAGGUGCACUUCAGAGAUGCGCUGCGAAACAUCGGCCUCGUGCUAUUCGGGAAUACCAUCGGGGUCCUUCUGAUCCUUGGCGCCGUUCGCUACCUGCAGGUCUUGGACGCCGAGUCUCUCGCCGUGGCAGCUGUUAUGGCGAAGAGCAAGUGCGGGUACACGUUCGGCCAGACGGUUGUAAAGGCGUUCAUUUGCAACUGGAUUGUCUUCAUUGCAUAUUGGCUGGGGGUCAUGUCAAAGGACAUCAAGGGCAAGAUGACCGGAAUAUGGACCGCAGUUUUCAUGUACGCCGCGGUGGGCUUUGAGCACAUCGUGACGAAUAUGUUCCUUCUUCCCGCAGCCGCUAUGGGUGGCACCCACUUGACACUGCUCGAAAUGGUCUGGAAGAAUCUCUUCCCAGUCCUCUUGGGAAAUGUGGCAGCUUCUAUCUUGGUUGCUGGUGGAUCUUUCGGCGUUGCCUUCGGGCGUCUCUCCAGACGGCUGCACACGAAGCCUUCCAGGAAGCCGAAAGUGUUCGCCUCCGGCGUUCCGGUGAGGUUUUCCAACGAGCCGGCAUCCUUGGAAAGGUGA